AGCGAUGUUUUACCUACUUCCCGGCUUGCUCUCUUUUGGCAAGUGAUUAGUUCUCUUGUCUUGGGAUUUCUUUCCGUUGCUUACGAUGUCUGGACGUGGCAAGCAGGGAGGUAAGGCUCGCGCCAAGGCGAAGUCUCGCUCUUCUCGCGCCGGGCUGCAGUUCCCGGUGGGCCGCGUGCACCGCCUGCUCCGCAAGGGCAACUACGCCGAGCGGGUCGGGGCCGGCGCGCCGGUGUACCUGGCGGCCGUGCUGGAGUACCUGACGGCCGAGAUCCUGGAGCUGGCGGGCAACGCGGCCCGCGACAACAAGAAGACGCGCAUCAUCCCGCGCCACCUGCAGCUGGCUAUCCGCAACGACGAGGAGCUCAACAAGCUGCUGGGCCGCGUCACCAUCGCGCAGGGCGGCGUCCUGCCCAACAUCCAGGCCGUGCUGCUGCCCAAGAAGACCGAGAGCCACCACAAGGCCAAGGGCAAGUGAUCUGGCAGUCCUCUGAGUUUCCGGAAGCGCUUUCAUACCCAAAGGCUCUUUUCAGAGCCCCCCACCGCUUCAAAGGAAGAGCUAAUACCACUUUUUAGGUUAAGGCGGGGAAGUCGAUAAAGUAGAAAAUCCCUUCUGAAAAACUAGUUUGCAUUGGCAUCUUAUUUGGGGAGCUUCAGAGAAGCACAGAAGGUGCCAAGUGACCAGCUCUUACCGAAGAGGACAGCCAAGAGGCCGUUCCCCAAGCAGAGGACACUGCUUAGAGAUGUGUCCUAGCUCCCCCUCCCAGCAUACUUCUUUGCCUUCCUCUUUGAAACGUCACUGUUUAUAUCCAAAAGCCCUAGCUACUCCUUUGGAAAAUUCUCCAGUGAGCAAUAAAUUCUCAGUAGCUUCAGUUGGUUUCCAGCCAUCGAGCAGGUCUCCAUCCGCCAUGCCUCAAGGGUCCUGGGGAGGACCGUUUCAGUUGGGGCAAGUUGAUGAGAAUGAUAAACCCAGGCC